AUGAACAAGUAUAUGAUGUUGCUACCGCGAAUCGCAUCAAUCUCAUUUUCCAAUAUCAAAAGGUCUCUACGCAAAUACUCAACCGAACCAAUCAAAAUGAACGCUGCAGCUUACAAAUUUACCAGGCCAUUUAUCAUCACUUUCGAUGCUUACGACACCAUCUACACACCCAAAGACUCCAUUGAGAGCCAAUACCAUGAGAUAGCCUCCAAAUACCACGUCCUUAUGGACCAGUCCACCAUAGCUGAGCGAUACUUGAACUACUACCGAGAACUCAGUUCGACACACCCAAACUUCGGAAAAUAUAAAGGCUGGACCAUUUCUAUGUUCUGGACUACUCUACUCGAAAGAGUAUUUUCUGAAGCUGAUUUGUCGCAAUGUGGUGGAAGUCUGCCUCCAGAAUUGAUACCAGAGCUAGUGGCUCAUUUUUCAACCAGAGAAGCAUAUCGCGUCUUCGAGGAUGUGAAGCCGUGUUUACGCAAACUUCAAGAAAACGGGAUCCAUACCGUAAUAGCCAGUAAUGCAGAUGCUGGUGUCACUCGUCUGAUUAUAGACACAUUUGAGCUAGGUGAUUAUUUCAGUGCCAGCUCGAUAUUUCUGUCUUAUGACCUGGAGGUGUCUAAGCCCGACCCUGCUUUCUUCAAAAAAAUCUUGCUGAAAACCGGAGAAACUGAACCACAACUGACGAAGUACUCUCAGCAAGAAUUGUUGGAGAACUCCUGGCAUGUUGGAGAUGAAUAUAAGAAAGACUUGGAGUGCGCUCAGAAAGCAGGAAUGGGGGCCAUAUUGUUGGACAGAACCAGGAGCUUGGGGUAUCUACGGGAUCGAGAGGAUUUGAGGGUGUUGGGUGAGAAACAAGUCGUGGUGAGUAGUUUGGAGCAAGUGCCCAAGUUUUUUGGAAUUGAAUGA